UAAGUUGAUCCUUGAAAAGAGAUUUUGCUGACUGUCAAAUCCAUAAAGGAGAGAAGUGGUCUAAGGAUCGAAUCUCUCCUACUGCCCUAUCUUUUAAAUAAUAAUAAGCAUACCUUUUUCAACUGGAACAGUUCUGCAAAGGCACGCUAAAUUUUAAAGUGCAGGAUCGACGAACACACGCUAACGUAUUUCUAAAAUCGCCCCGCCUUUACAGAAAGUCUAAAUAGCAUCUUGGAAAUGUCAGUUUUUCCUUAAAACAAUUUGAUUGUUUCAGAACACCAAAUUGUAGGUCGAAGUUAAACCGGCAAUUUUUUUCAAACAAAGAAAACAAUUGGAUUUCUUUUUGCGAAAAUUAAAUCAAACGGUGUUUGUGACCUGCAGAUCUGACAGCGUUAUUUAUUUAGGGUUUGGGAGCUUGCACCUUCAAUCGAGGUCAGUGGUCACCUGGUUAGGUUUAGACACAAAUGGGGGCUGUGAUUUCCAGGCUAUGGUUCAUGCUUUUCCCCUCAAAGGAAUAUAAAAUCGUGGUGGUGGGGCUAGACAACGCGGGGAAAACGACGACUCUGUAUAAGCUGCACCUCGGGGAAGUGGUGGUUACACAUCCUACUGUGGGGAGUAACGUUGAAGAACUCGUGUAUAAAAAUAUAAGGUUUGAGGUAUGGGACUUAGGUGGUCAAGAACGUCUUCGAGCAUCAUGGGCAACAUACUACCGAGGCACAAAUUCUGUUGUGGUAGUUGUUGACAGUACAGAUAGGGCAAGGAUUGCAAUUAUCAAAGAUGAGCUUUUUAAACUCUUGCAGCAUGAAGAUCUUGAACAUGCAGUUUUGCUUGUCUUUGCCAAUAAGCAGGACCUUAAAGAAGCAAUGACUCCUGCAGAGAUUAGUGAUGCUCUAUCUUUACAUUCUAUAAAAAAUCAUGAUUGGCACAUACAAGCUUGUUGUGCUCUAACAGGGGAAGGACUAUAUGAUGGGCUGGGCUGGAUUGCACAACGUGUGACUGGAUCCAGUUAACUUCUGGAAUUAAAUGUUCUAUUUUCAUGUAAGAUGUUUUCUUAAUUCUUGGUCCUUAAUUGUUAAGGCAAUGAAUCCGUGGUUUUCUAAAAGCAAUCUGUUUUUUGAGCUGCCCUUUGCAUUGCUCUUAUAAAUAAAUUAAUGGCUUGGAUUGUGUUUCCUUUGUAGUAACAAUUUAUCCACAGAACAUGCUGCCUCUUAUAGGUAUGCACACUUGCAUUAGCCAACUACCCUGUUCAGUGCUCAAAAUUAUGAUUUAUUAAUUUUUUAUGA